AUGUCCUGCCUCUGGCUUUAUCUUCCUCUCCAUCUUCUCAUGGCAACUUGUUUGUGCCAUUCUAUAAAAGCACACACCACCAGCUCCCAACAGAGCUUCAAGAGCAAUCUCUUCAACUUCUACCAUUCCCUGAUACUUGCAGAUGGUAAGGAAACUACAGUUCACCUGCUGAAGGACAUACCCAAAAGGUACUACUUUGUUUUGGAAGAGGGCAGGACCCUUGCCCCUUUCUCAAUAACAGUGACACCCUGUGAUGUUCCCAUUGAGUGGAGCAUACUUGUGUACAAGUCUCCACCAGGAAAAGCAGCACCAGGUGACCAUGCUACACAAGAGGUCUCCAAAUCUAACAAGGCUUCAAGCAUGGUGUCCACUAUCUUCAACUACAAGGGAAAUUCUGUAGAGACUUACAUGGGAAUGUCUUCCCAUUCUGCCCUUUACCUGCUCGAGUUCUUAUCCACGGAGAGGGACACACACAUUACUGUGUACCUUACAACUGACACCACCUCUGGGCACCUCUACCCAGAGCUGCCAGCGGAUCCACGCAUCGAUGUCAUCGGCAUCGGCCACACAACGGUGACUCUGGCCUGGAAACACAGCCCUUCUGUCUUGCAGCACAGGGAAAGCAUCCAGUACUGUCUCCUAGUUAAUGAAAAGCACAACUACAAGAGCUUGUGUGCUGCUGAGACAGCCAUCAGAUCGUCUGGAAUGAAGCUGCCACCCACCUUAGCUCUGUCCCUCUCUCCGUACCUUCUGGAGCCACAGCAGGUGAUGAUAUUGUCCAACAGCGAACUGAGCAUCAUCAACAAAGUCAGCAGUGGGGAAGUCAGGCAGGUGUGCAUGGGCACCAAGAACACUUACACAGUACCCAACCUCAGCCCCAGCACUCAGUAUUACUUUGAUGUUUUUAUUGUCAAUCUCCUCACAAACGCCAGCGCCGCAUACACCGGGACAUUCGCCAGGACCCUGGAAGAACCUGAGCCCAAGGUGACAGAGCUGAAAGAUGGCAAAGUGAUUCAUGUGGUCCUGGAUGGGAAAAAGCAGAAAUUCUACAGUCUGCAGUACCAGGCGAGGCACAAGAAAAUCCACUUCACCUUUCAGUUGUGUCGGGGUCAAAUACGGGUUCACAUAACAAGAAACGGCAAAACAGUGGCAUCAGAAAAUCUCUCUGGGCUGAGGUAUUUCUCCCUGAAGGGAAAGCUGCUGGACACCUAUUCAGUGCAGCUGAGGUCCACAGAGGAAUCUAACUCUUCUGUGAAGGUACUGGCAUCCCCCCAUUUCCACAAGCCCUUAUUCCCACUUCUUCCAGAGAGCUUAAAAAUCAAAUCCUUCAGUAAACUGAGAACAUGCAGGUCUGUGACCAUUGCCUGGCUGGGAACACAAGAGGAGAGCAAGUACUGUGUGUACAGAAAAAGGAUUGAGGAGGAUCAGAUCUGGAGGGAGCUGCAGAGUGCAGACAUGUGCUCUGGGCCUGAAUCUCGGCCCAAAUCAGAGAAAGUGCUGUGCAAGUACUUCUAUGACCUAAACCUCCAGCGAGCUGUCACCACAGAGACCAUCAAGGGGCUGGAGGCAGGGACACUCUACUUGUUUGAUGUUUAUCUCUUUGGGCCAUCUGGCAUCCCUGUCAGAUAUCACAGCAAAGUUGUGAAGACCAGGAAAAAAUGUUGA